AUGACUUGCUUUUGCUUCCGUGACAUCGGAAACACAGAGACACACAUUUAUUUAGAUUGCAAGAUCACCCUCUGCACCCUCAGAAAUGCCUGCGGAUACAAUCGGCCUUGUAGUUCAGACAAUAUGAAUCCUUCCUCAUCUCGUAUGAAGAGAAACUCUACUACAAUGACGAAGCAAUCUGCACAAAGCAAAUCUGAUGUCUCUGAGCAAAGUGGAAAUGAAGAUGGCCCCUCUGACAAUCCUUCAGAAAAGAGUAAAUCAAACUCUUCAAAAGUAAUGAAGCCUUCUGGAAAUGAGAGUAAAGGGGCUAUGAAGCUUCGGGUGGAUUUCAAACAGAAGCAAAGGGAUGAUGCCCUCUCACAAAGGGUUGGCUGCACUGGCUGUGGAAGGCAAAUUAACCAGUUUAAGUCAAGUUCAGUGUUUGUGCAUCCUGUACUAAAAGUGGCUAUUUGUAAGUCAUGUUACAAUUUUUACACGAGUGACGAGAUCAGCAAGGACUCUGAUGGAAUGGACGAGCAAUGCAGGUGGUGUGCUGAGGGGGGGAACCUCAUCUGCUGUGACUAUUGCAGUAAUGCCUUCUGCAAGAAGUGCAUCGUGCGCAACCUCGGACGAAAAGAGCUCUCACUUAUCACUGAUGAAAACUCCAAAUGGCAUUGCUAUGUUUACACUUUAGAUGGGAAAGCUGUUAUUGCGCAGCCAGUUGAAGAAAAUGACCAUGAUUCUGCUACUGAAGACACUGGAGAGUGUAAAAGUCCAGUAUCUGCUUCUAUGGAAGAGACUGAAGAGUGCAAAAGUCCAGCAUCCGCUUCUAUGGAAGAGGCACAAGAGGGUAAAAGUCCAGCAUCUGCUUCUAUGGAAGAGGCACAAGAGGGUAAAAGUCCAGCAUCUGCUUCUAUGGAAGAGGCAGAUGAGUGUAAAAGUCCAGCAUCUGCUUCUAUGGAAGAGGCUGAAGAGUGUAAGAGUCCAGUAUCGGCCUGUAUGGAGGAGACUGAGCAAAAUGACCACAACACGGCUGUUGAGGAAAGUGUGGGCAAGGAGCAGAAAAACUCCAGCACUGAGGAACCGAAGAACAGGCCAGCUCCAGGGAUGAAGAAAACAACCACACUAAAAGAACCACAAGUUGAUGAGAAACUAGGACCUGAGACAGUCUCUCAAAUGAAUCAGACCACUCCAGAAAUAAUUAAUAUAAAGACUGAGAUUUGUGAAGAUCCCCAAGAAGACACAGAGGAAAUGUCUCUAGAUAAAGAUAUUUUGGCUGUUCCUCCGUCAGUGCCUGAAGAACUGUUUCAGAUGGUUGAAAGUCUUGCUGAUUCUGCCAAACUUGAGCAAAGUGACACGGCGUCUGUUACAGAAAAAGAGAAACCGUCAAAUGGGAAUUCACAAGACGUAAAACGCUCACAGCCCAAGGUAAAGAAUCUGAUCGUCAAACUUACUCCUGUGCCUAUUGUUACGACCCGUGAGAGCAGGUCUAAAAACACAGAGAAAGGGGAGACGCAGUCGAAGGCUAAGAAGGAAAGUGAGUCAAGUCCACAGCGCUCACGUCGAUCAAGCCGUGUAAAGACUACUCCUCUGAGGAAGCAGACAAAAGAAAAGACUAAAGAAGAAUCGUCUGAUACGGAGUCUGAUAAAAAUUCAAAGACAAAAGCCAAAACCAGUAAAUUGGUGGAUGUGAAAAAAGAAGAGAAGACUAUGGACUCUGACUCUGAUGAAGUACCAAAUGCACUGAUUGAGAAAGCGGUUGAGGCAGACAGCUCCGAAGACGAAAAAAGUGUUAAGAAACGUCUAUUCAAGCUCGACGACGCCUCGUCUUCAAAACGAAAACGAAAGUCUGAAAGUUCAGAUUCAGACAAUAAAAACAAAACCAAGACAAACAAAUCUAAGCCAAAGAAAAAUAAACAAAAGGAUUCUGACUCUUCUGAUUCUGAAGAUGUGGACAAAUCAACGAGGAGAUCCACCCGUGUAAAGAAACAGGAGAAGGUAAAGGAGGAUAAAAGUUCUCUAGAAAAGAAGAGCGGGGAUCGUCGAAGGUCCUAUGAAAAGAAACGACUGAGUAAGAAUUCAAAAGCAGCAUCUAAACUGGAGUCUUCAUCAAGUGAUGAGGAAGAUGAGGCUGCUGGAGAUGCUGCGGAAGACAGUGAUGAUCAGAAGAUAAAACCUAUUGUGGAGAAUAUUGUUGGAGGAAGUGCACACUUUCAUCAGUCUUCAGGGGAUGAAGUUGAUGAAGAGAAAAACGUCUCUCAGCCACUAGAUGAUUUUGAUGAUGAUCCAGAAAACAGAAUUGCAAAAAAGAUGCUUCUUGCUAAAAUUAAAUCCAACUAUUCAUCCGGGGCUGAAAGUUCCUCUGACAAUGAAAAAUCUGAACAGGAAGACUCCAAAAAAGUAAAGGACAAAAAAAGUGAAGAUGAAAAAAAGACAUCAGACUCUAGUGAUUCAGAAAACUCUGGUUCUGAUGUUGAGGUGAAGAAAGGUGCCAAACGCCACAAACUUCUACGCCACAAGCUGUCUCUAAGUGGGGGUGAAUCUGGAGAUGAAGGCAAAGGCACUAAGAAUGAAAAUGCUAAAGAAAAGAAAAAGAAGGGGAAGAAAACUGUGGAAAGCGAUAAUUCAGAUUCUGACUUUGAGAAGCCCGAUUCCAGUGCCCAAAGUUCAGGUUCAGAAGCGCUGAGUGAGGCAGUGAGUGAUUCUGAGAAAGAGGGCAAGAAAAGAAAGACGAGAUCUUCAAAAAAGACUGAAGACAAGGAGCGGAGUUAUAAACAAAAGAAGAAGCGGCGAAGGAUCAAAGUUCAGGAUUCAUCUUCCAGUAAUGAGAAAAGUGGCGAGGAGGGAGAGGAGGGCGAAGAGGGUGAUGAUGACCAAAAGGCACGCAAGAAGAUCCGCAAAAUCUUGAAGGACGACAAACUGCGCUCAGAAACUCGGGAUGCCCUUAAAGAGGAGGAGGACAGGAGGAAGCGCAUAGCGGAGAGAGAGGCUCUGAGGAAGAGACUCCGAGAGGUAAUUGAGGUCAAGGAAUCAUCCCAAGUGUCAUGUCCCAUUACCACUAAACUUGUACUGGAUGAAGACGAAGAAACCAAGGAGCCUUUAGUGCAGGUCCACAGAAAUCUUGUAACAAAGCUAAAGCCUCACCAAGUUGAUGGAGUCCAGUUUAUGUGGGAUUGCUGCUGUGAAUCUGUGAGAAAGGUCAAGAAAUCUGGAGGCUCUGGUUGCAUCCUUGCUCACUGCAUGGGUCUCGGAAAAACCCUUCAGGUGGUGACAUUUCUCCACACUCUGCUGCUCUGUGACCGACUUGAGUUUAGCACAGCACUGGUGGUUUGUCCUCUGAAUACCGUCCUGAAUUGGCUCACUGAGUUUGAGAAGUGGCAGGAAGGUUUUAAUGACGAUGAGACGCUGGAGGUUACCGAGCUGGCCACGGUGAAAAGACCACAAGAAAGAGCUCAUGCGUUAGAGCAGUGGCAGGAGUCUGGUGGGAUCAUGAUUAUCGGCUAUGAGAUGUACCGAAACCUCACUCAGGGGAGGAACAUCAAAAGCAAGAAACUCAAAGAGACAUUUCAGAAAACACUUGUAGAUCCAGGGCCAGACUUUGUGAUAUGCGAUGAAGGUCACAUUCUCAAAAAUGAAGCUUCUGCUGUGUCCAAGGCCAUGAACUCUAUCAAGACGAGGAGGAGAGUGGUCCUCACAGGAACACCCCUGCAAAACAACCUAAUCGAAUACCACUGUAUGGUUAACUUCAUCAAGGAAAACCUGCUGGGAUCAGUGAAGGAGUUCAGGAACCGCUUCAUUAACCCCAUUCAGAACGGGCAGUGCGCUGACUCCACCAUGCACGACGUCCGCAUCAUGAAGAAGAGGGCACACAUUCUGUAUGAGAUGCUGGCUGGAUGUGUUCAGAGAAAGGAUUACUCAGCACUUACAAAGUUUCUUCCUCCGAAGCACGAGUAUGUGCUCUCAGUGAGAAUGUCUCCUAUCCAGUGUCGACUGUACAGAUAUUACCUGGAGCACUUUACUGGUGCAGGGAAUGCUGUGGAAGGGGGCCGAGGCCGCUCUGGGACCAAACUCUUCCAGGAUUUCCAGAUGCUCAGCAGAAUCUGGACUCAUCCGUGGUGCCUUCAUCUGGACUACAUCAGUAAAGAAAACAGGGGGUUCUUUGACGAGGACAGUAUGGAUGAGUUUAUCGCUUCAGAAACUGACGAAUCAUCCAUGAGUGUCAGUUCUGCAGAUGAGACGCCCAAGAAGAAAAAGAAAAAAGGCAAGAAAAAGGGAUCUGAAGAAUCUGAUAGUGAUGAUGUAGAAGUGAUCAAGGAGUGGAAUACCAGUUCUCGAGGGCGAAAUGGUGAACCGCCAACCGGUCGCAGUCGGCAAAAAGUUGAAGAAGAACCUGUUCGACCAGCUGCCUCACCGUCCGGGAGUCCCCCUGCCGACUGGCACAGAGACUUUAUCACCGAUGCCGAUUCUGCAAUCCUGGAGCACUCAGGAAAAAUGGUUCUACUUUUUGAGGUACUUCGAAUGGCAGAGGAAUUGGACGAGAAAGUGUUGGUUUUCAGUCAGUCCCUUAUUUCUCUGGAUUUAAUAGAGGAUUUCUUGGAACUGGCUUGUAAAAGAGGGGAGGAUGGGGAGGAGGGCGAAGAUGGUGAAGUAAAGCCAUCUCCUUACAAAGGUGAAGGCAAAUGGUACCGGAACAUUGAUUACUACCGCCUAGAUGGCUCGACGAACGCAACCACAAGAAAGAAGUGGGCGGAAGAAUUUAAUGACACCAGUAACAUAAGAGGUCGGUUGUUCCUUAUCUCAACGCGAGCUGGCUCAUUGGGCAUCAACCUUGUAGCUGCUAAUAGAGUCAUUAUUUUUGAUGCGUCCUGGAAUCCUUCUUACGAUGUCCAAAGUAUAUUCAGAGUGUACAGAUUUGGCCAAGUUAAAACAGUCUUUGUGUACCGUUUUUUGGCUCAGGGAACAAUGGAAGAGAAAAUUUAUGAACGGCAAGUAACCAAGCAGUCUUUGUCAUUCCGAGUUGUGGACCAACAACAAAUUGAAAGGCACUUUACAAUGAAUGAGCUGGCCGAGCUCUACACCUUUGAACCAGACCAGCUGGACGAUCCCUCUGAAAAGAAGAAGAAAAGGGACACCCCAAUGCUUCCUAAGGAUGCAGUUUUGGCUGAGAUGCUCCAAAACAACAAGGACCAGAUUGUUUGUUACCACGAGCACGACUCACUGCUUGAUCAUAAGGAGGAGGAAGCCCUGAGCGAGGAGGACCGCAAGGCGGCCUGGGCAGAGUAUGAAGAUGAGAAGAAGGGUUUGUCUCAGAUGAGGAAUGCUCCGAUGGCCUUCUCCCAAAUGGACAUGGGCGCCCAAUCCUACGUCAACUUCAACUUUGCGGCCUUAGCCACAAUGUCCAACCAGCAGCUGGAGGAGCUAAUCAACCAGGGCCGAGCAAAAGUAAUUGAAGCUACAAAUUCACUGAAGUCGUUAAGUCCGGAAACACUGGAGGAUACGAUUGCUCGGGUGUGGAAAGAGAACCCUGCACUAACAGAGACCCAGGUCCAAGCUAUUGCCCUGAAUCGACAGGCCAAUGUGGAGAUGGAGAUCAAGCGGCGGGAGGCCAUUUACCGGGACAUACUUGCCAGGCAGCAGGCGCUAAUGAACUAUGUGCAGAAGCUGAUCAACAACAGAAAGGUGCAGCAGAUGCAGCAGCAGCAGAUGGCUUUGGCCAAUCAACAGUACCAGAUGGCCCUGCAGAAUGGCAUUCUGGGAUCACCUGGGAUGAACCAGCUGGAGCUGUUGGGACUCUACCAGCAGCUCCAUGGUUUGAAUCCUCACCAAAUGGGCAAAAACCCAGGGCCCUCCAAAGGUUUAUAG